AUGGGUUUGAUCGAGCGCUGUAGCGAGCUAUUCAAGACCUCCAGCUUGUAUGAAGUGAUUGGAACCACGAAGCAAGCCACAGAAGCCGAAAUACGACGAGGCUACUACAAAGUUUCUCUCAAAGUUCACCCUGAUCGUGCUCCAGACGAUGAGCUGGCCACGGAGAAAUUUCAGCUUUUGGGAAAGGUGUAUGCAGUGUUGACUGAUACAGAGCAGAAGGCUGUCUAUGAUGAGCAGGGCAUUGUUGAUGAGGAGAGUGACAUUCUGAGCAAGGACCGCUGCUGGGAUGACUACUGGAGAGCGCUUUUCCCCCAGAUCACAGUACAAGAUAUCAUUGAGUUUGAGAGCAAGUACAAAGGCACAGACGAAGAGCAGCAAGAUGUUCUCCAGGCGUAUGUCCAGCACAAAGGAAAUAUGGACGCCAUCAUGGAAUGUGUUCUGUGCUGCACUAUGGAAGAUGAACCAAGAAUCUGCAGCAUCAUCCAGGAUGCCAUUGACAAAAAGGAAGUAACUGCAUUCCCUGCCUUUGUUAAAGAAAGCCAAAAGAAGAAAAAGGCCAGAAGGAAGAGGGGUGAUAAAGAGAGAGAAGAGGCAGAACAAAUGCAGAAAGAAAUGGGUCUUGGCAAUGAAGAUGAUAGUUUGACCAAGAUGAUUAAGCUGAGACAAGCAUCCAGAGACAGCAGCUUCAACAGUUUCUUGUCCAACUUGGAAGAAAAAUAUGCUCCAAAAACAAAGUCUAAAAAAGGCAAAAAGUGA